CAGCAGCAGCAGUAGCAGUACCGAGCGGAGCUGGAGGGAAGAGGACACACACACACGCAUACACACACACACAAACGAGACUGAACCGUCCCGAGGAAACACAGCACUGACCUGGGAUUUAACACAACCUCUCCGUGUGGUUCGACAGUUUUCUUUUUGUUGUGGUGAGAACGGGAGAAGAGGAUAACCAUGCAAAUGGCUGGUCUUGACGGCAUGGUGAAGGUGGCCAAUUGGCAGGACACAAUGUAUGGCAUAGACUCGGGCAUCCAGUCCGGAGCCAACACAGUCAAAGACGAAGGCGAAUACACCACCAGCAAGCACUACACCAUGACCAGCACUGUCACCAGUGAACAGCCUGAAACCCAAUACAGUCUAACCAGAGCUCAGCGGGUGCGGGCUGCAAUGUUCCCAGAGACUUUGGAGGAAGGCAUGACCAUCUUGUCGACUCAGACGGACCCGUCCCAGAUGACAAAUGUCCAGCGGCUGGCCGAGCCCUCCCAGAUGCUCAAGACCGCCAUCAUCCAUCUGAUCAACUACCAGGAUGACGCCGAGCUGGCCACACGCGCCGUGCCCGAGCUCACCAAACUGCUCAAUGAUGAAGACCAGGUGGUGGUCAGCAAGGCAGCGCAGAUUGUCAACCAGCUUACACGCAAAGAGGCCUCUCGCCGUGCGCUGAUGCAGUCCCCUCAGAUGGUGGCGGCAGUGGUGCGGGCCAUGCAAAACACCAGUGACAUGGAGACCGCUCGGGCCACCGCCAGCAUCCUCCACAACCUGUCCCACCAGAGAGAGGGCCUGCUCUCCAUCUUCAAGUCUGGGGGCAUCCCUGCUCUUGUUCGCAUGCUCAGUUCUCCCAUGGAGUCUGUGCUCUUCUACGCCAUCACCACGCUCCACAACCUGCUGCUGCACCAGGAGGGAGCUAAGAUGGCCGUGCGUCUGGCUGAUGGCCUGCAGAGGAUGGUUCCCCUGCUGAAGAAGAGCAACCCCAAGUUCCUGGCAAUCACCACCGACUGUCUGCAGCUUCUGUCCUACGGCAACCAGGAGAGCAAGCUGAUCAUCCUGGCCAACGGGGGUCCCGAGGGUCUAGUUCAAAUCAUGAGAAACAACAGCUAUGAGAAGCUGCUGUGGACCACAAGCCGUGUGCUCAAAGUGCUUUCUGUGUGCCCCAGCAACAAACCCGCCAUUGUGGAGGCUGGUGGGAUGCAGGCUCUGGGAAAACACCUCACAGGUGCUAGCCAGCGUCUGAUGCAGAACUGCCUGUGGACCCUCAGGAACCUGUCUGACGCUGCUACCAAGCAGGAGGGUAUGGACAGCCUCCUGCAGGAGCUGGUGGGCCUGCUCAGCUCAGAUGACAUCAACAUGCUAACGUGUGCCACCGGCAUCUUGUCUAACCUCACGUGCAACAACGCCCACAAUAAAACCCUGGUCACCCAGAGCAAUGGCGUUGAGGCACUGAUCCAUGCCAUACUGCGCGCUGGUGAGAAGGAGGAUGUGACCGAACCGGCCGUGUGCGCCCUGCGCCACCUCACUUCAAGGCACCAGCAUGCCGAGAUGGCGCAGAAUGCUGUGAGGAGUCACUACGGCAUCCCCGCCAUCGUCAAGCUGCUCAACCAGCCCUACUACUGGCCCGUCAUCAAGGCUGCGGUCGGCCUGAUCCGCAACCUGGCCCUCUGCCCAGAGAACCAGGCCCCUCUGAGGGACGCGGGAUCCAUCCCCUGCCUCGUCAACCUGCUGCUCAAAGCUCACCAGGACGCGCAGAAACAUGGCUCAUCCGCCCAGCAGACAUACCAGGAUGGAGUGAGGAUGGAGGAGAUUGUUGAGGGCUGCACAGGAGCACUGCACAUCCUGGCCAGAGAUCCCAUCAACAGAGCAGAGAUCGCCAACAUGCAGACCAUUCCACUCUUUGUGCAGCUGCUCUACUCUCCAGUGGACAACGUGAAGCGUGUGGCGGCUGGCGUCCUGUGCGAGCUGGCCCUGGACAAACAAUCAGCAGAGGUCAUCGACAGCGAGGGGGCGUCGGCUCCACUGAUGGAGCUGCUGCACUCCAAUAACGAGGGCAUCGCCACGUACGCUGCAGCUGUGCUCUUCAGAAUCUCUGAGGACAAGAACCUUGACUACAAGAAGCGAGUGUCUGUGGAACUCACCCACUCCCUGUUCAAACACGACCCCCAGGCCUGGGAGAUGGCUGCCAACAGUGUCCCCAUGGAUGCACACUAUCCAGAUGAGCUGGAUGGUGGUUUCCAAGGUUACGGGGCAUAUCCACCUGACAUGGAGGGCAUGGAGGGAAAUAUGAUGGCUGAUGAAUACGCACCCAGCAACUACGAGAGACAGCAGCAGCAGUACCCUUAUUAAAGACGCAGAAGAAAGAGAGAAGUGACAGAGGAGGUGACAUUGGACAUAAUGGGACAAAGAAGAAGAGAAUAUAGAGAUUCCAGUAGAGCUGCUUCCCUCUGCUCUCAGCCUGAUGUAAUAUAUGCAAUUAUCGCAGAGUAUGGACUCAUAAUCUUAACAGGGCUCUACUUUGUUUUAUAGCCUAAUCUUUCUGAUUAUAAUUCUGACGAUGGCAAAGCUUGUAGGUUUCUGUUAGAGAACCUUCUGAGAGAGAGAGAGAGAGAGAGAGAGAGCGAGAGAGUGUCUGUGUGUGUGUGUGCCUGUGCGUAUGUGUGUGUGUUUGUGCUUUUGGGUGGGUAUUCUAUGCCAAAGAGAUUUUAUUUUGUGACGAUAAUCAUGUAGCUUCCUCUUUUUUUCUUUUUUUUAUACGAAAAAAAACACACAAAAAACAGAAUAAUAGUUGAAAACACUGCCAGAGGUGGCUCAACGUGCUCGGUGCACCUGCUCACCGCUCUUUCUCUCUCUUCUUUUCUUUCUUAAUGCCUUUGUAACGAACGCUGCUGUCUGUGCUGCGGUUUUGACGCUAUAUUCUUUCAACUUUCUCUGCCGCUGUGACCCAGGAGUCUCAUAAGAGUUGGUUAACACAGAGUCGUUCUUCUUCUCGGGCACUAAUUCAGUAGGAGUGAACAAACGGGGGGGGCGUCGUGGACGAAAGCGUGAGAGAGCAGUGUAUGGCUGCAUCCACUGUGGCGUCAUCAGCUGAUUAUUAAGUGAACAGGAUGGUUGUCCCGUGUUUUUUAUGAAUUGUUUCUCAUCUUUUAUAAGUUAUUUACUGGAUAACGUUACCAGAAUAUUAACACGUUUGAUUAGAAACUGAACUUAAAGAGGUGAUCUUUUGUGACUUUAAUGAUUAGCAGGACAACAGUGUGGGUAACGUGUUUUUAAAGAAUUGUCUAAUGGAUGAGAUAGUGAAGUUGGGGACGGCCCUACAGCUAGAGAAAAAACUACUGACAGGGAAAUUUGUCUUUCUACUUAAUAAGAGUUUUUACUGAAAUUUUGUUUAAUAAAAAUAAAGGAUAUAUUAAGCAUA